AUGCAAUCGUCAGAGUCCUUUCCAAUCAUCCAAUACCUCAAACGUGGCGCUGGUCUUAAUGCUUAUUCGAGGCUGACACUUCGAUGGAGUGGGUUUUUGCAAGUCGAACCGAAUCAUGAUACAUGUAUCAGCCACAGGAAAGCUUACAAUGCGUCCGUACACCUGAACUGCGACGAGGGGCCGGUACCUGUCCUACUGUUGCAGGAGGGCAAUGAAAGUGGUCAAAACUUAGAGGGCAGGUUGCAGUUAGAAGGGAUCGUAGUGCAAGGCGGUCCGAAUCGACGAGCGCGCUUAAUGAUUGAAGACGACGCCUGUGGCUCAAAUAGUCUCCUUUCUUCAACAGCUCCACGAACUGGUUUGAACGUCCGGGGCGAAGGCAUGGUGCUCAGUGAUGCAGUGGUCCAAAGUGGGUCGGACGGUGGCGAUUGGAGGCUCGCCGAAGUAAUGCACAGAGAGUGGGAUAUGCAACAUCUCAUUUUCAGAGAAUUUUUUGUGAAUUAUAUGUAUGAUUCUUCAGAGCUGACAGGGAUUGGGGAGGGUCGAGGAGAUAUUGGUAGUGUACUGUGGUUGGAGGGUGCGGUGGUAAAUGUGUUGGGGCAAGGCGGGAGGUGGAUAGUAAGACUUUCCGAGUAUCGACGGGCUGGGUAG